UAAGUCGUGUGAAGUAAAAUCAGACAUUCCGAAUGUACCUCUCCGCCGCAGUCAUAAAAUCCAAAACAAUCAACAAAGUCACACAAAUCCUUUUCCACUCUCUGUUUCUCUUCUCCAUUUCCAUCAUUCAUAUUACUUACUUUAUUCAACAUAGUUCUACAUUUUUCAUAUGAUGAACAAGAGAACUUGUAGUUCAAGUUCUUAGAAUCCUUAAACGGUGUUUGGUUUUUGUUUUGUUUAUUUGGGUUUUCAAAAAAUUUGCAAGUUUGAAAAUCUUGAUCUUUUUUUUGGACUCGGUCCUGUUUUUUCAGACACAACAGACAGAGAGAGUUGACACUUUGACGGCUUCAGACACGCGCUUAGCUUCCUCUCUGCCUUUCAGACACUCUUCCAUUGCCGGGUUGUCUUUUGAGUCGGUGCUGCUUCUGUAGUGUGUGUGUGUGAGAGAGAUUGAGACUAAUCAUGAUGUCCUCUACCUCAUAUUUGAACCACAAAAGCAAUGAACUUGAUCAGCAAAGUGAGAGUGGUAGUGGUAGUGGUGGUGGUGGUAGUAAUAGUAGUGGCGACUUUGCUCUCUACAGGGUGGACAUUCCUCAAACCCCUUAUGACUCGCCAAUCCAGAUUACUAUGGAGAGGUCUGCUUCUCGGAGACUGGAGGACCAGUGCGUGUCGAAUUCCUUGUUUACGGGCGGGUCUAAUCAGGCUACUCGUGUUCUAUUGAAGGAGAAAGUGAUUGAAUCAGAAUCUAGCCAUCCCCAGAUGACUGGUGCAAAAGGGUCAUCUUGUGAUGUGCCUGGCUGUGGUGGGAAGGUCAUGAGUGAUGAGAGAGGAUUGGAUAUUCUCCCUUGUGAGUGUGGUUACAAGAUUUGUGGAGAUUGUUACAGAAAUGCUUUGAGGGAAUGUGAGGGGGUUUGUCCUGGAUGCUGCGGGCCUUACAAGGACCCGAAGAUGAUGAAAGAGGAUGUACCGUUGCCUCCUGGUGUGUCAAAGAUGGAGAGGAAGUUGUCGAAGAUGAAAUCGGGGAAUUUUGCUAAUGAAUUUGAUCAGGCUCAGUGGUUGUAUGGAAACAAGGGGAGCUAUGGAUAUGGGAAUGCUAUGUGGCCAAAAGAGUCUGAAAGUGAUGCCAGUUCUGCUUCUGCUUCUGCUUCUGAUUGGAUGAGUGGUGACCCUAAAGUAUUUCAUGAGAAGCAGUGGAGACCUUUGACCCGGAAAUUGAGUAUUUCUGCUGCAAUUUUGAGUCCAUAUAGGCUCAUAAUACUAGUUCGGCUUGUGGUUCUUGUUUUCUUCCUGAGGUGGAGGGUCCUAAACCCCAAUGAUGAUGCAAUCUGGCUGUGGUUUAUGUCAGUCGUUUGUGAAAUCUGGUUUGCCUUCUCCUGGCUGCUUGACCAGCUGCCUAAGCUCUUCCCCAUAAACCGUGACGCUGAUCUCGAUGCCUUGAAAGAGAAGUUUGAAACUCCUAAUCCUGCUAAUCCUGAAGGCAAGUCUGAUCUCCCUGGAAUAGACAUGUUUGUGUCAACUGCAGAUCCAGAAAAAGAACCACCGCUCGUUACUGCAAACACCAUUCUUUCUAUUCUAGCUGCUGACUACCCUGUUGAGAAGCUUUCAUGUUAUGUCUCUGACGAUGGAGGCGCGCUUCUAACUUUUGAGGCCAUGGCAGAGGCAGCAAGUUUUGCCAAUUUGUGGGUUCCUUUUUGUAGGAAGCAUGACAUUGAACCGAGGAACCCAGAAUCUUAUUUUAAUAUGAAGAGGGAUCCUUACAAGAACAAGGUUCGCUCUGACUUUGUGAGGGACCGCAGGCGGGUAAAGCGGGAGUAUGAUGAGUUUAAGGUAAGAAUCAAUGGCCUUCCUGAUUCGAUCCGGCGGCGUUCGGAAGCUUAUAAUGCUAGAGAGGAGAUGAAAGCUAUGAAGAUGCAGAGAGAGAAUCAAAGUGAUGAACCAUUGGAGAUUGUGGAAGUUAUUAAAGCUACAUGGAUGGUUGAUGGCACACACUGGCCUGGCACUUGGACUACUCCUGCAUCACAGCAUGCCAGAGGUGAUCAUUCCAGUAUCAUACAGGUAAUGUUAAAACCUCCAAGUGAUGAGCCACUGACUGGAACAACAUCAGAUUCAAAUGCCAUGGAUUUCAGUGAAGUUGAUAUUCGUCUUCCUCUGCUUGUCUAUGUUUCUCGCGAGAAACGACCCGGCUAUGAUCACAACAAGAAGGCCGGGGCCAUGAAUGCCCUGGUUCGGUCCUCAGCCAUCAUGUCCAAUGGCCCUUUCAUACUCAACCUGGACUGUGACCAUUACAUAUACAACUCAAAAGCCUUAAGGGAAGGUAUUUGCUUCAUGAUGGACCGCGGAGGGGAAAGGCUCAGCUACGUUCAAUUUCCUCAAAGGUUCGAAGGAAUUGACCCUUCUGAUCGCUAUGCCAAUCACAACACUGUCUUCUUUGAUGUCAACAUGCGUGCACUAGAUGGGAUUCAGGGUCCAGUAUAUGUUGGCACAGGUUGCUUGUUUCGAAGAACUGCUCUUUAUGGCUUUGAUCCACCCCGGGUGAAAGAAGAAUCUGGUGGUUGGUUUGGUAGUAAGAACAAGAAAUCCUCAACAGUUGCCUCUGUCCCUGAAGCUAGUUCUGCUGAUGAUGAAGAAAUGAUGAACAUUGCUCUUAUUCCUAAAAGUUUCGGCAACUCAAGCCUUCUUGUUGAUUCAGUCAAGGUGGCUGAGUUUGGAGGUAGGCCUCUUGCUGAUCAUCCAUCUAUAAAAAACGGACGUCCCCCUGGCGCUCUAACUCUUCGCCGGGAUCUUCUUGAUACUCCAACUGUUGCCGAGGCCAUCGAUGUGAUCUCAUGUUGGUAUGAAGAUAAAACAGAAUGGGGCCUCAGAAUUGGGUGGAUUUACGGGUCCGUGACCGAAGAUGUUGUUACAGGUUACAGAAUGCACAAUAGAGGAUGGAGAUCAGUGUAUUGCGUGACCAAAAGAGAUGCAUUCAGAGGCACUGCUCCUAUAAACUUAACAGAUAGGCUCCAUCAAGUUCUUCGUUGGGCAACAGGCUCGGUCGAGAUCUUCUUCUCCCGGAACAAUGCUCUCUUAGCUGGCUCUAGAUUGAAAUUCCUGCAAAGAAUUGCUUACCUCAACGUUGGAAUCUACCCUUUCACUUCACUCUUCCUCGUUGUUUACUGCUUCAUCCCUGCACUUUCCCUUUUCUCUGAUCAGUUCAUUGUUGGUACCCUUGAAGUCACAUUCCUAGCCUACCUUUUAGGAAUCACACUGACCCUUGUGGCUCUUGCUGCUCUUGAGAUCAAGUGGUCCGGUAUCCAUAUUGACGAGUGGUGGAGGAAUGAGCAGUUCUGGUUAAUUGGAGGCACAAGCGCUCAUCUAGUAGCUGUGUUUCAGGGAGUGCUAAAGGUGCUGUUUGGCAUUGAGAUUUCAUUCACUCUGACAUCGAAAUCCUCGGCUGAUGACGAGAACGACGAGUUUGCCGAUAUUUAUGUGAUCAAAUGGAGCUCUCUGAUGAUACCACCAGUCACUAUCAUCAUGGUUAAUCUGAUUGCGAUCGCGGUCUCGGUUGUCAGGACUAUAUACAGCGACGAUCGUCACUGGAGCAGAAUGAUUGGAGGUGUGUUCUUCAGCUUUUGGGUGCUGGUUCAUCUUUAUCCAUUUGCAAAGGGGCUUAUGGGAAGAAGAGGUAAGACACCAACGAUUGUGUUUGUUUGGUCUGGUCUUAUAUCCAUCACUAUAUCACUGCUCUGGGUUGCUAUUAACCCUCCUUCUGGCAACAAUCAAAUUGGAGGGUCCUUUCAAUUCCCUUGAUUUUUCUAGUGCUCACUUCUCAGGUAGCACUUGUAAGUAACUCAGACAGGCUUUUUGGUUUUGAAGAUUUUUUAGUUACCAUUCAUUUUGACAAGCUGUUGCCAUUGCUUGCUUACAUUUUAUCAAUAAUACAUGGAAAUUUUCAUUUUA